GGGGGUGUGUUUCAGGGUUUCUCGAGCACAACAAAUCCUCAGUCAGCACUCAAUCCUACUCAGGAUCACAAAGCUAGAGUCUGACAUUAAGAAGAAGCAUUUUGUUUUUGACGGAUAAACAGCAGCCAAAUGAAUCCAAUGGAUUUUUUAACGGAUGAGCAGUUGAUCAGAUUUCUUCAAUGUAAGAAGACAGAGAUCUCCUCUUACAUAGAGGAACCACUCACCUUCCUCAACCAGCUCCGAGACUACAAACUGGUACCUGAGGAUCUCUACCAGAAGGUAAAAAAGAUGAAAAAUAAGGAGAGAAAGCAGGAAGGUGUGUAUGAGAUUUUGGACUGGGUAGAGAAGAAACAAGGACGGCAUGUGAAACUGUUUUGGAGUUGUGUGUUUCAGGAUCACAUCCUGCAGAAAUAUCCCAGACUCAGCGGGCUCAAAAAAAGGCUUUUUGAUGGUCCCUUUAGGAUUUCUGCAAGGCUUAGCAAGGCAGAGAAACCAACCAUUAAUACGGAAGUUGAGAGAAAGGAAAAGAAGCAAGAGCAAAGGAAGGGUGAAACAAAGAGAAAGAAAAGUGGUGAAGAGAUACAUGAGGAGGAACCAGGCCCUUCUUCUGUGUCCACCCAAAAGAAACCAGCCAAGAAGCCCACACUCUCCCAACUUUUAGAGAAAGGGGAACUUCCUGUUACCUGCGGAGAUAAAAAAGGCACUUUGUAUCGAGACAAGCUUGCUAGAGGAAAGGAGUGUAUUUUGUCUGAGGGGGUCUGGUUCACCCCAGGUGAAUUUGAGAAAUUUUCAGGAAGGGGAAAUAGCAAGAACUGGAAACUCUCCAUCCGCUACAAAAAGACUACACUGCAUAAACUUAUACAGGCGGGUAAAUUGCAGUGUCGAUAUAGGAAGGCCAGAAGAAAGUGAGAUUUCCUUUAAGCUGUGUGGAAAGCUCCAGCUUUCAUCAGUACACACAGGCCUUUAUUUUGUAGAAGUCCACUCACUGGUCCAACGACAAUAUCCAAUGACAUGGUGGAAGGAUUCCCGCGCUUUUCUGUCUUUUCGAAGCAAUGCGGAUACAUUUACAUUAUUACAUUUGUUAUUCCACUUCUGUUUGAAUCUGUCUUAAAUUAAAUCUGACUCCAAUUGUAAAAAAAAAAUCCUCAGUGUUGUAUUUAUUUCCUAGUUAUUUGUAGAUCACGAGUUUAUAAACACUUUUGAUCUUUUGCAUUUAAUUAAUUCUAGUUAAUUCCAUACUUUAGAUUGUGUUUGUCAUUCAGAUUCCAUGUCGCUCAGAGUCUCACGCUGACUGUGUAUGCGGAUCUCACGGUCACAAACUCGCCAGUCUUGGUCAUUAGACAGAGGUAACUGACUAAUACUACUCAGAUGGCCACCCAUGCUUGCCCUUUUAUCUAAAAAGUACUUUGUUUAGUCCCCUUAGAUAGUAGCACUUAAUUAUGACCGCUAAAAUUAACAGAGAUAGACCAACAUUACCUAAGUUAAAAAUAGCUUUAUAUAAUCUUGCCAUAGUUUCCUAUGUACACUUAACUAGAAAAGUAUUACAAU